UGCCGACAGAUGUGCUCUGGAUUGGCUUGAAUGACCAAAAGAACCAGAUGCUCUUUGAAUGGUCCGAUCACUCACAUGUCACCUUUACCCAGUGGCAGAGUGAUGAGCCCUCUCAUCUCAUCAGCUUCCAAGAGGACUGUGUCCUGAUUCAAGGAAAGGAUGGUAAGUGGGCAGAUCACAUGUGUGAGAAGUUGCAUGGAUAUAUGUGCAAGAAGAAGGCCUCGGCUAAACCAAUUGGAGGCAGUCUAGCGGAAGUCAACGACGGAUGCAAGCUUGGAUACGUCCGGUUUGGUUCAUACUGUUAUAACAUCGGAGCUGAGAAAAAAACCUUUGAAGAGGCAAAGCAGGCAUGCUCAGGGGCUGGUGCUAACCUGGUCGAUGUGUCUGAUAGAUAUGAGAAUGCAUUUCUAGUCAGUUUGGUGGGCUUGAGACCAGAGAAGUACUUCUGGACAGGUUUAUCCAACACAGAAGACAGAAACACUUUCAAAUGGACGACUGAAAGAGCGGUCACGUUCACUAAUUUCAAUGUGGGAGUGCCAGACAGAAAACAAGGAUGUGUUGCUAUGACAACUGGAGUUUUUGCUGGACUAUGGGAUGUUGUCAGCUGCAGUAACAAGGAGAAGUAUAUUUGCAAGAAACGUGCUGAGGGUGUGCAGACAACAACAGCUCCACCCACCACUCUGGCUGCGACCUGCGCUUCUCAGUGGACCCCACUCGGCAAAGGGAACAAAUGUUUCAAAGCGUACAAGAAACGUCAAGAGGAAAAGAAGACUUGGUCUGAAGCACAGGACUUCUGCAGGGCCAUUGGCGGGGACCUCAUAAGCUUACACAGUCAUCAGGAAUGUAGAGAGCUCAAUGUCUACUACAGUGAAAAAUUCUGGAUAGGCCUCAGCUUACAGGGAACCAAUGGAGGUUUUGUCUGGAGUGAUGGAUCACCGUUUGACUUUGAGAACUGGGGCUAUGGAGAACCAAAUAACCACAAUGACAGCGAGCACUGUACAGAGAUGGACCCUAACUUAAGAAUGAGGUGGAAUGAUCAACACUGUGAUGCCUACAAUAGCUGGAUUUGCCAGUUACGCAAAGGUGUGACUCCCAACCCCGAGCCUGUGAUAUCUGUACAAGAGCUUCCUGGAGACUGUACGCAAUCAACAAGCAGGAGAACAUGGAUACCUUUCAGAGGCCAUUGUUAUUCCUUCUUUAGUUCAGUGACCAACGACUGGGCCCAUGCCUCAAUUGAAUGUAUAAAAUUGGGUGCUUCUCUAGUGAGUAUUCAGGACCCUAUUGAGAGUAAAUUAAUGAAAGAGAAUGUGGAGAUUCUCCAGGACAGUGCCAAAACCUUUUGGAUUGGCAUGUACAAGACCCAUGAAGACAAGUGGAUGUGGAUCGAUAACAGCCCUUUGGACUAUACCAACUGGAAAUCAGGAAUGCCACAGUCAGAGUCGUGUGUGUACAUCAGUUCUGACACUGGUCUGUGGAGUACGACAGACUGCAGAAGGUCAUUUUCUUACAUCUGCAAAACACCAAAAGCCCACGUCAUCCAGGAAACUACACACGGGUCCGCUGGCAUCAUUCUUGCUAUAGUAUUAAUUGGAAUCGCCAUACUUGGACCUGGUACCUUCGUCCUGUUCUGUUAAGGGAUACCUCGGAUACCUGCCCCCACCCUGGGAGAAUCCACCUUUGACAACAAGUUAUACUUCAACAAUCCAAACCGAGCAGCGGUGGACACCAAAGGGCUGGUUGCGAACAUAGAACAGAAUGAGCAAGCAUAGAAAGGCAGGAGAGGAUUGGCAAUCAACCCCAUGAAAAUUAGAUUUCUGUUUUUAUUAUAUGUUUAUAUUUUGGAUCACUUCUCUGGAAACUGGAACUGUUUGGUUGUUUUUACGAUUUGUAUCAAAGAUAGCGAUUACAAAUUAUUGGGUUUUUAUUUUUCAUGAUAAUGUAAUAUGUGAAAUGUGUACAGAUGUUUUUGUGUUUUGUUUUACUUUUACAAUUAACAUAAAGAAUAAUGAGAAUCACAAAAAGUGAUUUUUAGUGCAAUUUGACAAAUCUAAGUUGGAAUUCUCUCUGCAUCCAUUUUAUGGCAUUUCAAUUAGCCCAAUAAAAAAAAAAAAGAAAACAUAUAAAAAUUGUUUUCCAU